UUGACUUUGUUUGAUGUUCAGAUUUAGUGAAAGUCUUGAGUCGCUGUUCCCUACUCUUGGUUCUUUGGUAUCUUCUCUCCAGCAGCUCUGUCCCCUUCUGUCUCUGUGUCACUCUGAUGCUGAGCUGCUGGAUGUGGCUGUGAUUCUCUUUGCAGGCUUUUAGCCCGAGAGAUAUCAAACAGCAAAGCCAAGACUCGCAAUCAGUAAGAGCUCAGUCCCAGCAAGCAAGGGCUGCCUAUUCAUACUCAGCAACCUAUUGCAUUCUGGCUUCAACCCCCUCCACCCAACCCUCCAAAAGCACUCACACUUGGACUGUUCGUGAGUGAUCUAUCUGCAGAAUUAUCCUGGCAUCCAACAUCGGUGCGAUCGCCUUGCUUCCCUGCUGGAUUAACUUCAUUUUAACCGAUCUAGCCGUAUUUUUCUCAUCUCCAACCCCUUCCACUUUACUGUUUCUCCCCCCUUGUGUCUUGUGGUCAUGGGGUUUAUAAUUUCGUUUUUAUCUAGGCUGGUGAGAGCUCUCCUGGUUCUGUAAAGUGAAUGUCAGUCUUGGAUUUAUGUUCUUGAAGGAACAGACAGAUCAAGCAGGAUAUCCCAAGUAAGUUUGAUCCGGGAGGAUGCAGGCUGUGUAUUGGCUCUCCGUUCUUCUUCUUCAGUCCACCCUCCACCUGGUGACAUGUGCAAAUUCAACUGGUGGUGGAAAACUCGGAAACUUAAAAUCAGGAAGUUCCAUAUCAACGCUUAAGCACAUAUGGACAGAGAGCAACAAAGAAUUGUCAAUUAGCCGGCUCCUUUCACAGACUUUUCGUGGCAAAGAAAAUAAGACAGCCUUGAAUAUGAGAUAUGAUACUCCAGAACCCUAUACUGAGCAAGAGCUCUGGGACUGGCUGAGGAACUCCACAGACCUACAAGAACCUCGUCCCAGAGCAAAAAGGCGGCCUAUUGUUAAGACAGGAAAGUUUAAGAAAAUGUUUGGCUGGGGAGAUUUUCAUUCCAAUAUCAAAACUGUGAAAUUAAAUUUAUUGAUAACCGGAAAAAUUGUUGAUCAUGGCAAUGGAACCUUCAGUGUUUAUUUUAGACACAAUUCUACUGGUCAAGGAAAUGUCUCUGUGAGUUUAGUUCCCCCAACUAAAAUUGUGGAAUUUGACUUGGCUCAACAAACAGUAAUAGAUGCAAAGGAUUCUAAGUCCUUUAAUUGUCGCAUUGAAUAUGAAAAGGUUGACAAGGCUACCAAGAACACACUUUGCAACUAUGAUCCUUCAAAAACAUGUUAUCAGGAGCAGACCCAAAGUCAUGUGUCUUGGUUGUGCUCCAAGCCCUUUAAAGUGAUCUGUAUUUAUAUAUCAUUUUAUAGUACAGAUUAUAAACUAGUUCAAAAGGUGUGUCCUGAUUACAACUACCACAGUGACACUCCAUACUUCCCUUCUGGUUGACAAAAACAUGUAUGCAAGACUUUACCUCUAUGGAAUAAAAGGUGACCGGGCAGGAACCUUAAUGAAGAAAGUCACAUCAAUUGCCUGGAAUGUGUCUACUCUGCAAAUGGCAACCACAAUGUUUAUACUGAGAAACUUAUCAGAUGCAAUUUACUUUUCCCAAACUACUCCAUACAUUAUUUACUAGAUGUGGGUCACUGUGGAUAUAUAUAUAUAUAUAUCUAUAACAUACACAUUGUAAGUGGUUGUUUAUCAAGGUCUUUGUUUGAGCAACCUUCAUUGUCUAAGGUAAAAUGUUUCAUGACUGUUUUUCAGGAAAUAAAAA